AUGUUUUUUUCAAUCACUUUUUUCCCACAUUUCUUUUUUUUUUAUUUUUUACUCUCUUUCUCUCUCUCUCUCUCUUCUUUCUUGAAAGUCUCUCUCUCUCUCCGGAUAAAACCAUCCAUGUUUCUCAAUUAUUUUUUUUUUUGUACUUUCUUUGUUCUUUUAAUUUCUAAAACAUUUCUCACUCCAUCCUUCAUGUCACUCUUUCUCUCCUUCUCCUCCUCGCCUUUUUCCUGCAUCUCUGACGUCACUGACUUCAUUUUCUCCUCUUCUCUGCUUGAUUCCAGUCGGUUCUUUCUUUCUUUUCUUUACUUUUCUUUCUUUCUUUCUUUCUUUCUUUCUUUCUUUUCUUUUCUUUUCUUUUCUUUCCUUUUCUUUUUUUCUGUUUUUCUUUUCUUUUCUUUUCUUUCUUUUUUUCUUUCUUUUCUUUCCUUUUCUUUUCUUUCUUUCUUUCUUUCUUUUUUCUUUUCUUUUCUUUUCUUUCUUUCUUUCUUUCUUUUCUUUUCUUUUCUUUCUUUUCUUUUCUUUUCUUUCUUUCUUUCUUUCUUUCUUUCUUUCUUUCUUUCUUUUUUUCUUUCUCUUUUCUCCCUACGUCUUUUCUUCUUUCAUUCCUUCCUUCCUAAAUUAUUUCGAUCUCUCUCUCUCUCUCUCUCUCUCUCUCUCUCUCUCUCACACACACACACACACACACUCUUGCUCUUCUUCCCUCUCACUAUUUUAUAUUCACAUCGAUCCAUUUCUUCUUUUCUUCCCUUUCGGCGCACAGCUCUCACUAUCUAUCUCAUUCUCUCUCUAUAUCUGUCUGUCUCCCUCUCUCUGUCUCUUUCUCCCCCCUCUCUCUCUCUCUCUCUUUCUCUCUCUCUCUCUCUGUGUGCACAUUGA